GAUUUUCAAGAUAUGAAAGAAGAGACAGCUUAAAAGUAAAUCUGCAACAAAAUUAUUUUAAGCCUGUAUUUUCAUACAAGGAAUGGCAAAAAGGACAGGACGCCUCAGACAUCAACUGCCACAUUGUUAUUAUGAAGGUUACUUGGAGAAAAGAUCCUUCAAAGAUAAGACAUCACGGAAGCUGUGGGCCUGUUUAUGUGGAAGCACACUAUUCUUCUUCAAUGACAAAAGAGACUCAGAUUACAUAGAGAAAGUGGAGCUGAGUGAUUUCAUCUCACUGACUGACGACAACAGCCUCGACAGAAACUUAGAUGCAGCCAGAAUGAUCCUCCAGCUCAAACAAGAAACCAUUAACAUCACUGCUUCUAAUGCAGAGGCUAGGGAGCUGUGGAAAGGUUUCAUCUACUCCAUCGCUAAAUUGUCAGUACCUUCGUCUCUGAACCUACUUCCUGGACAGAUCCACAUACUCAAAGAGGCAUUGGACAAGGAGAAACUGAGAUUAGAAAACACCACAUCAGCCGCUAUUGCCAUUGAUGCCAGCUCUAGUCCUUAUGUUAACCCAUUAGCGGACAUGCCUGUCUGUUAUCACAAAGUGAACCGCCUGGAGGCCGAGCUGCUGCUUGAGAGAGAGUCGUCAAAAGGAAACCUGCUCCUGAGACCGUGUGGAAAGGGAGCCUUCGCCGUCACCACGAGACAAGUUCUGGAGAACCCAGAGUUUAAACACUACCGUCUGUCACGAAGGCUUGAAGGAGGCUUUACAAUCGAUGUAGAAGAUCCAAUUCCUUGUGAGACACUACACGACGUAAUCAACUUUUUCAUUCACAAAACAGAAGGUUUAUUGACUCCACUGGUCCUUGAAGAAACGUACGAGAGGAGUAUCUCAUUUAUCCAGUCAGAUUAUGAAAAUGGAGAAAAGAGUAUCCAACGCCCCUCGUCUAGUCCCAUCCCACCAAAUGUUCCUCCAAAACCAGUACGCGUCCCGAGUCCGGAGCCAGAGUCUGUAAAUGAAGAGUGCAUCUACCUGAAUGAUGUUCCGACUGAAGAAGAAAAGACUGUAGACGUCUCCACCACUCCCCCCGCACAAGUCACAGAGGUCACAAAGUCUCUAAAGAAAGCCAUAAUGCCACCUGUUCCUGCGCCUCGGAGAAUGUUAUCCUCCCCUGCAUUAACCCAACAGCCUGCAGCAGCCUGCACUGUCUCCACAGCUCACCCUACAGUCAACAGAGUCAGAUGCAACACCAACCCACUGGGAGAAACCAUAUCUGAGCUCAAGUUGAUACUGGAGAGAAAGUCCAAGUGUCAGCAGUGACUCCUGUUGGUGCCUGUACUACACUACAUCACUAUCAGCUGUUGUAAAGGACCUUCACACACUGCCUGUCACUUCCAGAUGACCUUUGU